CAGAGUUCCUUCUUUAUCCUCCACUGCUGCCGACUGAGUCCCCUGCCCUGCAUAUCAUCUCCCAUCGAUAUUUUAGUCAUCAUCAUUCCUCAGUCUCCUCAACGAUUCGUUCCUUCUUUCUACCGUUUCUUCUCCUGUGCUGCGUGCGUUCCUUCUUUCUUCCUUCCCCUCUUCACCUUCUCCUAGAUGAUCCAUCCCUCAGUCCUCACCCAUUUAUCUCGAGGGCGCUCCAACCUGCAUCCAUCCCUUCUCUGCUACUAGAUCCUCUUGGAGAUUGGGCUAACUUGUUGCUCCCUCCUGGGAAUCCUUAGACAGAUGGCUUGAUGCCAAUCAACAUAUAACAUCUUCUGGUAGUGAUUGGUUUUCUAGUGAGAAUUUUAAGGUAAGGAGGACCUUUACACAACAUAUAAAAAGGUAAAUUUCUUCUUACCCAAAAUGUGCUCUGUACAGUAUCAAGCACCAUAAACUUAUUUUAUUUAUCAUACAAAAUUUAACAUUGUUAAAUAUAUGUUAGAAAAUACAGUUUCUUGAUCAAAAUGAUUAUAGAUAUUAGAUCAGUUGCAUGCAUGGGACUUCUCCUUUAUAUUUAAGUCUUAAUUUUAUGUAAAAAUAUCAUUAUAUUGUAUGUUUAUAUAUAUUAUUCCUAGGAAUGUCCCAAGACUCCCAAGUUCCAACCAUCAAUUAGGUUGCUAAAUUUCCCAACUGCACCACAAACCCUGUAAGACCACUCUGAAUGGGGCAGAAAUGGGAGGAACUUUCCUCCUGCUGGACGGAAAUGGAGGGAAUUUAUACCAUUGAAUAUUGUUUUUAUUUUUAUUUUUAUUUUUUUGCCAAGCCAUUGAAUAGUGUUUAAACAUGACCUUAUGGAGUUAUCCUAUAGAAAAUUCUAGACUAUUGUUCUGCAUGAAAGUCCCACAUCAAUUAAGUGAUGAGAUAUCAAAUUUUUUUAACCUGAAUCUCCCUACUAAUUUGUAAAUUAAAUAUUUUAGUUCGAAUGUCCUUGCAUUUUCGUGAACAUAAUGAAAUUGGGUUGAAUGUUAGACUAUAGUUUGUAUUUAAUGUAACUUUUUUUUUUUUAGGGAAUAACCAAACAAACUGUUCAUGUUGUCUGUGCUUUUCAGUCUUUACCCAAAGCUAAGAACGGUUAUGGCAAUGUCUCCCUCGGACCCUAAGCUUGAUUUAAUGAAGCAGAUAAGAACCCAUGAGGUUGCAAUGGUAGAGCUCAGUAAUAUUUCUUCUUCUCGGGCAGUCUACCAGAAAAAUGGCAACCUGUUUUUCCGGACAACUGUGCCCAAAGCAAAAGCAUCUGAACAAAAACAACUUGAUGCAGCGAAGGCUAAGCUGGAAAAGCUGAAUUCUUAGGGAUUAUGCUCAAACAGCUUAUUAUAUUAGGUGAAUGCACAUUUCAAGCUCAGAUAUACCUUGAUUGCUGAAGAAAGCUGCAUUUGCAACUGAUAACAUUUCACCAUCCCUUUCUUGGUCUAAGCUACUGUUCAUAACUUGUUCUGUUUCAUAAAGCAUGAAUUUUUUCCAAAGAAGUUAGAAAUAGAGAGAAUUGAAGCUUAUAUGAAUAUUUAUCUGGCUUAUUUGUCUUUAGCUACACUGUUGAGUUGAAUGAAGCUAUGAUGAUUUC